AUGGCUGCUUCAUCUUCUUCUUCACUGCCUCCUCCUCCUCUCCCGUCUCGGGAGUUUGACGUGGCUCUGGAUCAGAGAGGAAUCAGGACCUUUAAGGACGAUGAAAAGCUUGAGAGAGGAAAAUCCAUAUCUCCGAAGCUCCUCAAAAAUAUUAAUGUAUCAAGAAUUGCCCUGAUCGUUUUCUCCAAGAAUUACGCUAAUUCGUCAUGGUGCCUGGAUGAAUUGGUGGAGAUCCUUGAGUGCAGGAGGAACAAGGGACAGACAGUUUUGCCCAUCUUCUACCAUGUCAAAGCAUCCGAAGUUCGGCACCAGAAGAGGAGUUUUGAGGAAGCAUUUACAGAGCCUGAAAAAAUUCAUGAGAAGGAGAUGGAAAGGGUGAAGAGAUGGAGGGCUGCUCUGGAGGAAGCUGCAAAUAUAAGCGGCUUGGAUUUACAAGAUGCAGCAAAUGGGUAUAUUUAA